AUGGAGUUCAGUUUUGACGAGAAAGACUUCGUAUCGUGCUGUGGAAGCACCAAAUUCGCCAAGGACAUGGUUUUGGCCUCUCCUUUCAGUUCGUUGGAGCACGCAAUUUCUGUCGCUAGGAAAAUUUGGUUCAACAACGUUGAUGUCAACGGUUGGCUUCAGGCCUUCUCUGCGCACCCUCAGAUCGGGCAUACUCACGCUCCCUCUGUCGCAUCUGAAGCCAGUGCUCAGUGGAGUAAGGGAGAGCAAUCAACUGCUUUAUCUACUGCCACUGGUUCUAGCUUACAGGAACUAUCUGAAUGGAAUGCUCAGUAUAGGGAAAAGUUUGGGUUUGUUUUUCUCAUUUGUGCAUCUGGAAGAAGUACUAAUGAGAUACUCGCUGAGCUGAAGAGACGAUAUACAAACAGGCCAAUCGUUGAAUUUGAGAUUGCUGCUCAGGAGCAAAUGAAAAUUACAGAACUACGCCUUGCCAAGCUCUUUUCAAGUAGGGAAGACAUUUCUUCUAAAUCUGCUAAAAAGGCAGAAGAAGAUCGUAUUAGCAUCAUCAGUAGCCAUGUGACUGCUGCUUCAGAGAGUUCAUCAGGUAAACCAAUUCACCAUCCUGCUAGAACCCGCCCCCCCAUUACCACUCACGUGUUGGAUGUUUCCCGGGGCGCUCCGGCUGCUGGCGUUGAGGUACUUCUGGAGGUGUGGAGAGGCGUGCAGUCUCGGCCGCCAUUUGGGGCCACAGGCGGUGGCAGUUGGGUGUUUCAGGGGUCAUCGACAACGGAUCCAGACGGCCGCAGCGGUCAACUGCUGAGCUUAGUUGACGAUGUGAGUCCAGGAAUAUACAGGAUAAGUUUCAACACGGGGAAGUACAUCCCAAAUGGUUUCUUUCCUUAUGUGUCUAUAGUGUUUGAAAUCAAGGAGUCACAAAAAGGGGAACAUUUUCAUGUUCCUCUCCUGCUUUCUCCAUUCUCAUUCAGUACCUACCGUGGAAGCUAG